AUGGCCAAGCGUCAGACCAUGCAGUGGGACGCCAACGUCCACGAGGACAUCCUCAUCUGCAUGUUCCAGCACCUCAAGCUGAGCAACGAGGAUUGGACCAGUGUCAUGGCCGAGUUGCAGAAGCUGGGGUACACAUUUACUGAAAGUGCUCUUCGCACACUCCUGCCUGACAUCAAGCUAACCAUCACCAGCCAGCACGUCCAAAAGCUUCGCAAGAACCGCGACACCAACGCCAGCAACGCCCUCACUGCCAUCCAGGCUGCCGGCUCGGCCACGACCACCCCUCGCAAGAAGGCCACUACCACUCCCCGCAAGCGCAAGAACGCCAAGAACACCCCUGCCGAGGAGGACGACGCCGAGGACGAAAAGAUGAAGCUCAAGCAGGAGAACGACGACGAAGCAGGUGAUGAACUCGUCUCUCCUUCGCCCAUGAAGCGCGCCAAGAGAACCCCCAAGCCCGAGCCUAAGGAGGAAGAGCUCGAGGCAGAGGUCGAAGGAGAGACCUAA